CCUCCCUAAUCCACCGUCAGAAAAGUUUGAACUUUGAGCUCUCCGUUGCAGCUACAUUUCUUGAACUCCGCACCAUCAACUUCAAAAGCACGCAGGGAGGAACACAGACAGAGUUUUGGAGGAGAUGGAGAGAAAGGUUUUGCUGGUCUGUGCUACCGUAGUUUUUCUGGGGCUCUUAACUGCUUCUUUGAGCUUUGCUGCAGAGGCCAAAAGGAUAAAGGGCUCUCAGGUUCAAUUUACUUCUCCUUCUGUGUGUGUGUACCCAAGGAGCCCAGCUAUGGCUCUUGGAAUGACUGCAUCCAUAUCCCUUUUGGUUGCACAAGUUAUUAUUAACGUUGCAGCUGGGUGCAUUUGUUGUAGAAAGACUUUACCUAAUUCAAAUUCCAACUGGUCAUUGGCUUUGGUUUGCUUUGUUGUUUCCUGGUUCACAUUUGUUAUAGCAUUUCUCCUGUUGCUAACGGGGGCUACUCUGAAUGAUCAACAUGGUGAAGAGAGCAUGUACUUUGGCAGCUAUUGCUAUGUGGUGAAGCCUGGGGUCUUUGCAGGAGGUGCCAUCUUGUCACUAGCAAGUGUUACCCUUGGUUUGCUUUAUUAUCUCACCUUAUUGUCAGGAAAGAGCAGGGCUGAACCAUGGGGAGGUGUUUCCAAUCCUAAUCAAGGAGGCAUUGCCAUGGGACAACCUCAGUUUCCACCUCAGACAAUGCAAGAACCAGUUUUUGUACAUGAAGACACAUAUAAUAGGCGGCAACUUCCCUGAUGUCUAAUUAAACGUUCCAUCACUGAGAACCUUUAGGAAAAUUUUGCAAUUGGGAGUCUUCUUUGUUGGAUCUGUAUAGAAGUCUCUAUUCAUGCAUCACUUUGAGGGCUCCUCUCAACAGGUUCUUUUGACUUUAAUUGCUUUUCUUGUAGUAGGGUUCUGAGAUGCAAGAAAUACUACUGUAUUUUCCUUUGUAUUAUUUCUUCUUGUGACCUGUACUUCUAUUCUUAUACACAUUGCAUUGUUAUCGACUUGAUGGAUAAUUAAUAUAAAGAUACAAGAUAAGUUCCCUCUGAU